AUGCCUCCUAAGCGUACACCUCCCGCUACAGAACGCGUUCUUCCAUAUGACCUGCGGAAAACGCGUAUUCCACGCGUUGUUCCCUCUUCUCAACCCGAUCAACCAGCCGGCAAUUAUGUUCCUACCGCAGCAUCUAAACGAAUCAAAAAUAUGAAAAAAGGGGCGCUGCAACGCGGGUAUCCUACUACCCUUCCUCCAAUGGCUAGACAGAUCAGGAAAGAGGCGAGGCAAGAAGCAAGGGGGGGUAGGCAGAGGCAGGCGGCAGCGACCAGCCACAAAAAUGUAUCGGGGUCCAAGAAUGCAGCUACAAAAAGCGUGCGAUUCGCUCAAGCUGCUGAUGAAGAAGUCAUCUCCAGUGAUCCAGUGUUUCCUCUGCCCUCUAGCGAUCCAUCAAGCCCCAGCAACUCCAGCAAAAGCGCGUCAGACAUAGGAGAGGAAGAAGAAGAAGAAGAAGACGAAGAUGAAGAGGACCUUGAAGCUGAAGAGGCAGCAGUACAGGAAUUAUAUCAUUCAAAAGAACGACUUAAGAAGAUCGUUCACACGAACCGGGUCAAAGCAGCGCGUCGAGAGUUAGAGGAGGCCCGAGAGGCCCCUCUUGACACCUCCGAGCUGGAGGAUGAAAUAGAGGAUCGCAUGAAACAUACUGGAGACUACGCUAUAUCUGUCAGCAUCAUAUUCCGGCUGAAUAAGAAGCGUGUUUUGACGAAAUCUCUAGCUGACACGACCCGCUAUACUUUUGAUAUCCUGGCAUUUGAAGAGGUCUUCCUGGCUUCAAUUGAACCCUUUCUAGGGGACUGCGAUUUUGAGUUUGUCACGCGUACUGCAGUUAUUAAACACGCAUCCGGCCGUGGUGGUUCUAGACGUCAUGAUUUUGACGACUUUACGCUCACAGAGGCGGACCAUAUAUUGGAAAUUGCAGACUAA